AUGUAUGCAAGUCUGGGACAAGCGAUACAGGAAAACUGCGGAAUUGAAUAUGUUCAAAGAACAAUUACAGAAGAUCGUAAUACUUUGAACACUCCUGAUGCGGAUAAACGAACGCCGUUUCAUUGGGCUUGUUCUAUGGGAAAACUGGACAUAGCUGAAUAUCUUUUAAAACAAGUGGAUAUUAAAGCAGAUGAAAAAGACGAAGCUGGUUGGACUCCUCUCAUGGUUGCUAUCUGCAACAAGGCCAUUCCUGAUUCAUUCAUUGAGACCCUUAUGGAACGCUCUGAUGUCAAUAUAGAGACAACUACUCGCGGAGGACAAACGUGUCUUCAUUAUGCCUCUGGAAAAGGUCGACUUAAUAUUGUUCAAAAGCUUUGCGAGCGUAGCCCCCGCUUAAUAAGAACGAGGGAUCUCCAAGGACAACAACCGCUGCACCGGGCAGCCGCAGUAGGCAACUCCAAUGUCGUAAAAUAUCUUCUUUCUCAAAAAUGUCCGUUGAAUGCUUCUGACUCGUUUGGCUUUACCGCUCUUCAUUUUGCUUUAGCAGAGGGUCACCCAGACAUUGCUAUUGAUUUAAUAAAGUCUAAUGCCGAUACUCUACGCACUGACAAAGAAGGUCAUACAGCUUUGGAUGUCUGUAUGGAUCGUAGCAUUCGACAGGAAUUUAUCGGAAGAUGCAAGCAAGAAGGACUGGACUUAUAG